UAACCGCGAAGGCUAAAAUGUCAAAAUCACGAGUUUUACCUUGAUUAGAAAUUAAUUUAAUGUUAUUUAAUUUUUAAAAAUAUUUAUGCCUAGCAAGUUCACACAGUAUCUAAGAAUGAUAAUAUAAGUAAAUAAUAGUAUAAAUCAGAAGAUUAAUAGAAGAAGUAAUAAUGGUUAACGAUUUACAUAUAAAUGAUUUGCCCCUAGAAACAAUAGUGGAAAUACUUUUGAAAAUUGACGGAAAAACAUUAGGUGGAUGUAGACGAGUCUGUAAAAGAUGGAAAGAAUUCAUCGACGAAAUUGAUUAUUUAUGGCAAGAGAUGUGCCGUAAGGAGUUUACAUAUUCAUCAAAAAUUGCCAAAAGAAAAGCUGGAACCGAUUGCAGCUGGUACCACAUAUAUAAAAAUCUUAACCAAUGGUCGGACUUGACAAACAUCGAAAAUAAUGUUAAAGAAUUUUACAAAUUCAAUAUACACGACAAAUCUCAUGUUUUAGAUAUUGACUAUGGGAUAUUGCCUCUUAAAGAUUCUAAAGGCAUAAUAUUGUAUGACGUUAGCACAUUUAAAUAUAUACCCGCUGCAUUGCCAGAGAGAAAUUGUUUAAAAAUUGUUAAUAAUGAUAAUGUAACAGUAGUACAAAUAAAAUCAGGUCUUCUUAUUCAAAGAUCGGUAGACACCCACCCACCAAAUUAUGUAAUGGAGGAAUUCUUUAAAGCUGAUGAUUUUGUUUUGUCUAAUGAUAUAUUGUACUUUUAUAACAACAGAGAUAUUUACAAAUGUGAUCUGUCUAGUCAAAAUUUGACUCCCAUUUUUAUCUUACACUGUGAUUAUGAUAUCAAAGAUAUACAACACUGUGAUAAUAAAAUACACAUUUUUACAGACAGCGGUCAAAUUGUAAACAUAAAUAAUAGUAAGGAAGUGACCGUUAAGCCGAUAAAGUGUCCAGUUGAAUGGAUAAAACAAUUGAAAUAUAUCCGUGCGGUAAAUGACAAAAACUUUGUAUGUUACUCGAGAAAUAUAUUUAAAAUUGAAACAGACAGAUACCAACACCUGUAUUUGGAGUUCCCACUCGUCACAGCUUUAUUUUUUUAUGUUGACAUUGUCUUAAUUGGAACAAAGGCUGGUGAAAUUCUGCUCUACAGGUUAGCAAGUCAGAAGAAAGCCACUCUGCCUAUAUUUGAAACAUUAGCGACAUUACCGGAGGGAAAGUAUGCAGUACAGUUAGAUGUUAUUGAAAGGAAAACAGGACCAACAAUAAUUGCUUCAACAUUUUUUGAAUUGUACCUUCUGGAAAUGAACUUUUUUCCUAAUGAACCACCACCAAAGCAAUCUUUUUCAACAAAUAAAAUGCAUAUGUAUAAAAGGUUGCUGAAACUUAAAAACAGGAUUCAAACACCUCAAGUUUGAAAGUCUGAAUUAAUUUGAAGAUAAUAACAUUUUAAUUGUAAUAUAUUCAAAUCAAGUGUUUUUUUAUUAAUU